CAAGCUGGAGAGAGGAGCAGCUCAGCACUGAGAGAUUUAAACACAGUGGUACUGCUGCACUGAAACUCAUUUAAAUUCGGAAUAAAAUCCAGGAUUAAAGUCCAUUUAUCAUCAUCUGAUAUUAAAACGGGUUAAACAAGAGCUUUUACAAUGUUAGGUCUAGUGAAAUGUGCGCUUGGGGUAAUGUUUGUUCUUGUGCUGGUGGUGGACUGUUCGUCCAUUAGUGAAGAAUGUAUAAGGGUAAACGGAGUGGAUUACAGAGGAACACAGCAGAAAUCUUCUUCAGGACGUUUGUGUUUAAACUGGAACAACACCAGCCGGAACUACGACACUACACAUAAUGAUGCAGACACAGGUGUCGGGAAUCAUAACUUCUGUCGUAACCCUGAUGGCUCAGAGAAGCUUUGGUGCUAUGUUUCUGGAGCAGAUGGCGUAGUCCAGAGAGAAUCCUGUGCUGUUGACUCAUGCCAAGAUCAAGACUCCACAGAGGCAGCAGCUAGACCAACUACUGAACCCUUAUCUGGAACAACAGACACCACUGAGCUGGUAAAGUCGAUUCUGGUGCCGGCCAAGGGCGCCAUAGUGCAGCCAGUGAUGGGGGUCAGUCAGCGGGUCAGGACAGGACCCAAAAAGAAGAAAGACCUCGGGACUCUGGGUUAUGUUCUAGCCAUUGUCAUGAUGGCCAUCAUUAUUGUACUGGGAGUGGGAAUCACAGUCGGCUACUUCUACAAACGGGGUCGAGACCUAAAGAGGCAGCAUGAACAGCGAGUGUACGAGCGCGAAAUGCAUCGCAUCACCCUUCCUCUUUCCGCCUUCGCCAACCCUACCUGUGAGCUGAUCGAUGAGAAUGCCAUUGUCGUCUCAGCCGAGUCCGCGGAACAGAUGCCUCCGCGGGGCACAGGGGAGGGCAGCGACCCCCUCAUCGGCCAAGCGGGCACUCCGGGAGCCUGAGAGAUCGGAAAUUAGAUGAUUUUGGAUUUCAGAGGACCAAAUAUUUUUCCCCACAUAGCCUGUCUGUCUCUCACCUGCUUUACAUAAGCGAGAGGGAGAAGAGAAGCGCUGUGGAUGGCCAACAUCCUUGUCUCUUCAAUGCAAUAUUGAGGAGUGGAGGAUGCUAAAAAGACACUAGUUAAGGAGAUCAGGAAGGUGGCAUUGUAUAAAAGUGCAUGUGAUGGAUUCCUUAAAUCCUGUUUAAACCUUUCUGAGUGUGUUGUCUGUUCAAGGGGUGCAGAAGUUCACCAGCCUGAGUGCUGGUAUAGCAUGAGAGUCAUUAUGCACAUGUUCGAAAUGAAGUGCUGUAUGAUUAAAGUUCAAAUGAAGUGUUCAGGGAAGAUUUUAGCUUUAGUUUCCUGUUUGCUGCUGAGAUGUUGUGUCCUAAUCAGUUUUGUUAAGGAGAUGAUACAGUGUGGGUGCUGAAACUGGUUCAAACCUGCCACUCAGGCCUUCAAACUUUCACUGUUUAAGUGGAUUUAAAUUUGACAGCUGUCAAAGUUUAUCUGCUUUGAUAUAUGUAUUUUAUCAGAAACUCAGUCAGCACAGUGUUCAACUGAAAAUAGUUGUUUAUUACACAAGACAAUGCCAGUGUUUCCACAGUAAUUGCCUUAGCAUUCUUAAUGAGUGUAUCUGAAUCUCUGAGGAUCUCUGGGACUUUUGAUAAGUGCUUUUUUAUACUUCUGCAUAGAUGAAUGUAAGCAAAUGUAAGACUCAAAUUUAGAUCUCAAACUGUGUUAAUACUCACACCUCCAAGAUCUGUAUGUUAAGCGAUUCUUCUCUGCUGUGCAUUAAGUGAACUGAUUAGUUGAAGUAGUUGAUCAGGUGAAGAUAGUCGACAGCAUCAGACGUGAGAGGAGAUGUCAACAAUGCUCAACCCAAAUCAGAACCAGUGUAGAGCAAAGCUGUGGUUUUAGACAGUCUGAUCAUAAAAGAAACUGCUUUUACGAGCAUAUAAAUAUAUUAAGCUUCAGACGAGGACUAACACUGGAAUUGAUGCUACCAAGCCUUACACAAACUCUAGUUUCAACACCUCUCCCUUUGUAAGAAACUUCCACCUGCUAACCGCAACUUUUCAAAUUAAAAAUAUAGUUAAUAAAAUAGCCAUUAGCCUAAAGUUUAGUCCUAAAUGCAACUAAACAAACAAGUGAAGGAUGCGCAACUGCCCUGCUUUACUGACAGAUGACCAGUGGAAUACCACGAGUGUCUGUCUGUGUACCUGUAAAAAAAAACAAUCGGUCAGCAUAAAUUCACUAGUUUAGUGACAAAGUUUGCUGCUCUUUAAUACCAGAAAAGUAUCACAUUUCCACGUCAAAACAAUCUAUACAUCAAUUUACUUUAGCAAAAUAAUAGUUUGUUGAAACGCCGCUGGCUGGUGCACCCGUUAUGAACGUCUGUUCAUGUUUGCAGAUAAAAAAAUGGAGCAGAAGUAUAAAUCAGCUUCUCAUAGGUGUUAAUCAGUACGUGUUUACAUGCACAGAAUUCCAGAUAAGUUUUAGUGAUAAGUGAAUUAUGACCUUGACCUAUUUGUGAUCAGUAAAAAAACAGCAGUUUAUUGCAUUGAAAUGAAUUUAGGUUGAUCACUUACCAUGAUUCUGUGCAAUAUGCUGUUUUUCUCCAUAUUCUACACACACCCUGUUGGGAUGUACCAGUAUGAUCUCUACUGCCUAAAGCUGAGUUUGACAAGUAAAUAAAGUGUUUGUGUGUAAGUUUGGCAAAACACAAGUUGUUAAUAUUAAAUUGUCUAGAAUUUGGAGAUGUAAAGCAGUUAUUAUAGUAAAUAAAUGAAACACUAUGUUACUGGAUUUACAGUUCCUUGUAAAUUAGUUUUGUUAUGACCUGGAAUCUGGUUUCUGAUUUUAUUUUUUUGGAUUUCUUGAUAUACCUGCUUAUAGUUUUGAAA